AUGGCAGCAUUGAAAGAGGACAACAGACCGGCUGAUCCAAACAAUGAACAUGGUUGGAAGGCUAAACUGAAACUUCCUCCUCCAGAUAUGAGGAUUAGAACGUCAGAUGUGACAAAUACAAAGGGAAAUGAGUUUGAGGACUUUUGCCUGAAACGGGAUCUGUUAAUGGGAAUAUUUGAGAAGGGCUGGGAGAAGCCAUCCCCUAUUCAAGAAGCCAGCAUUCCAAUAGCCCUUACUGGUCGAGAUAUUCUGGCUCGUGCUAAAAAUGGAACAGGCAAAACUGGAGCUUAUGCUAUUCCUUGUCUUGAGAAAGUUGAUACUACCAGAAAUAUAGUUCAAGCUAUGGUCAUAGUACCUACUAGAGAACUUGCCCUGCAGACUAGUCAGAUAUGCAUAGAGCUGAGCAAACACAUAGGCUGUCGCUGCAUGGUCACAACAGGAGGCACCAACCUCAAGGAUGAUAUUAUGAGGCUGACUGAACCAGUUCAUGUGAUCAUUGCUACACCUGGUCGUAUUCUUGAUUUGAUGAACAAAGGCCUGGUGAAGAUACAGAACUGCGCAACAUUGAUUUUGGAUGAGGCAGAUAAGCUGUUGUCUCAAGACUUUAAAGGAAUGUUGGAUAGCAUUAUUGGUCAUCUGCCGAAUGACAGGCAAAUCAUGCUGUACUCUGCUACAUUUCCCCUCUCAGUGGAGUCAUUCAUGAGGAAGCAUUUGAAAAAUCCUUAUGAGAUCAACUUGAUGGAAGAGCUGACCCUGAAGGGAGUAACACAGUACUAUGCUUUUGUGCAGGAAAAACAGAAAGUUCACUGCCUCAACACACUGUUUUCUAAGCUACAAAUCAACCAGUCCAUCAUCUUCUGCAACUCCACCCAGCGGGUAGAGCUUUUGGCUAAGAAAAUCACGGAGCUGGGCUACUCCUGCUAUUACAUCCAUGCCAAGAUGAAUCAGCAGCACAGGAACCGUGUCUUCCAUGACUUCAGACAGGGGUUGUGCAGAAAUUUAGUCUGUUCUGAUCUGUUCACUAGAGGUAUUGACAUUCAGGCUGUCAACGUGGUUAUAAACUUUGAUUUCCCUAAGCAUGCUGAGACUUAUCUUCAUAGAAUUGGCAGAUCAGGCAGGUAUGGGCACCUGGGUGUGGCCAUUAACCUCAUCACUUAUGACGACAGAUUUGCCCUUCACAAGAUUGAACAAGAAUUGUGCACAGAGAUUAAGCCUAUACCUAAAACCAUUGAUCCUUCUUUGUAUGUGGCGGAAGCCCAGGCGGUUGAUGCGGAGCACGAGGAAGAGUAUUACCGGCCACUGCUGCAAAAGCAGCAGCAACAGCAGCACCCAAGCCAACUACCACGCGAAAACAAUUACCAACAGAAUACUCGGGCCCCGCCUUCACACCAACAGACAGUGGCUUAA